AUGAUCGGCUGUGUGAUGGCCUCAGAGGCCCUCAAGCUUGCCCUAAUGGACGGUUCCCAGCUAGAGGAGGCCAGCCUAUCGGGACGCCUGUUGUUGGUGGAUAUGCUAGACGGAGGCCUCUCUACGAGGACAGUAGCGUUGAAGCGGCGACCAGACUGUCCGGUGUGUGGGUGGACGGAGGAGUCUGCCGCGGCACAAGACCGUAGUGAUGCUAGUAGCCUACAUGAUGAUGGCGAUGGGGUACAGUUGCUGCCAGCUGUCAACAGUAUCGGCCCUAAACAGUUACGGCACCUCAUGCUUGAGAGCCCAUCAGCAGCCUGCCUGGUCAUCGACGUUCGACCCAAACCACAGUUCGACAUGGUCCAUCUCAGAGGCAGCGUGAAUGUCCCUUAUGAGGACUCUCAGGAGUUCGUGGAUAAAGUGAAAGCCUUGCUUGAGGACCAUCGUCCGAACACUGCUGUUGUGUGUUGUCGGAAAGGUAACGACAGCCGUCUUGCUGUUUGUGCAUUGCAGACGUCAUUCAAGUACCUAUUGAAUUUAGAUGGCGGCAUCAUGCAAGCCGCUAAGGAGCUGGGUGUCGCUGGGAAGCACCUAUUCGUCCCGUAG